AACUUCUGGAUCCUGCGGCUGCCCCCAGGCUCCCGGGGAGAGAUCCCCAAGGUGCCGGUGACGUUUGAUGACAUCUCCGUGUACUUCAACGAGCAGGAGUGGGAGCGGCUGGAGCGCUGGCAGAAGGAGCUGUACAGGGCUGUGAUGAGGGGCAACUACGAGACCCUCAUCUCCCUGGACUACGCCGUGUCCAAGCCUGACAUCCUCUCCAAGAUGGAGAGGGAUGAAGAUCUUUGGUUUAAAGAGGGGCAGGAGCUCCCCCAGACACGUUUGGGAGACAGUCAGGAGCUCCCCCAGGAACCAGAAGAGAUGGACCAUGUGGAAGAGGCUUUGGAGGAAGAUGAAGUCCCCAUGGACACCAACAUGGACCACGACGUGUCCAAGCCUGGUGUCCCAACCCAGAAGAGCGAUGAAGAGCUCUGCCUCAGAGAGGGGCAGGAGCCCCCACAGAAAGAUGUGUCAGACAGUCAGGAACCCCCUCAGACAGGUGUCCCAGAGGGCCAGAAGGCCUCUCAGAAGUCCCCUCGGACAGACAUCCAGGAUGGUCAGGAACCCCCUCAGGCAGGUGUCCAGGAUAGUCAGAAGCUCCCUCAGACACCAGAAGAGACAGACCAGAAGAAAUCAGCUCUGGGAGAAGAUGAAGCCCCCACAGCAGCUGGCAGAGCCCUUCCCAGCCUGGUGAAGGACAUCACGUCCCUGAAGGCACAGGAAGAGAAGCUGUGCAGGGAGGAUCAGCCUGGGACAGAGAUGGAAGCGGAUUCGGAAGAGUCCGGCACAGAGGAAGGCUGCUCGCUGGAGAACGAAGCGGCGUGUGAAGGAGCUUCUGAAAACAUCCAGGUGAAGAAGGAAGAGGAGCAAGAGGUCUCUGCACCUUCUCCCAGCUCAGACCUCCAGAAAUGCCCCAAAAAUGAGAAAGCCAAGAGCAAGAAGAAGCCCAACAGGUGCGAGAGCAGCAACCUGCUGAUGGGGAACUGCCGGCGGGGCUACGUGCGGGAGUGGUCCCACCCCUGCACCGAGUGCGGGAAGCGCUUCCGCCUCAAGAUCAACCUGAUCAUCCACCAGCGCAGCCACGCCAAGGAGGGGCCCUACGAGUGCGGCGUCUGCGAGAUCAGCUUCGCCGACAAGCGCCAUCUGGACCUUCACCAGAGCAUCCACAUCAAGGACAGGGCCUUUGGAGCCAAGGUCUGGGGGAACGUCCACCCGGAGCUGCGGAUCCGGCCGAGGAGGAAGUUUUGCGGAACGCUCUACGGGGGUGGGCACAGCCUGGGCACUGGGACGUGUGCUGGGGGGUCCUUGCUGGGCCAGCACAAGGAGGAGCCGGACAGAGGGAGCCUGCAGAGCUCCAGGCCCUCUUGGAAAUGCACCUUCUGCAAAAAGACACUCUCCUGCAGCACCUCCCUGCAGCGGCACCUGCAGACCCACAUGCAGAACAGGCCCUACUGCUGCAGCACCUGCAACAAGGGCUUCACCCGCAGCACUCACCUCGUGCGCCACGAGAAGAUCCACGAGCGCCAGAGAGCCCAGGCUGCCCAGCUCCAGCACCAGGCACCCGGGUCCCCGGGGACCCCUGGGGGUGGGAACGUUCCUCACCCACCAGCCCAGGAACCCGAGAGGAACGUUAGUCCUGCAGCCAAAGCCCCUGCAGCCAACGGGCUCCCGGAUGGUCCUGGACAACCUGGAUCGCCGG